UAGUUCAUAUCCUUACCAGGGAAGUGCACGGAAGUGCGUAUUAUUUUGGGGAUGGUGUAGCUAACGUUUGUUUCGUUUUAGUGACAUUUGUUGUUGUCAGCUGCCUCAUACGUACAUCAAGAGUCGUUGGUAGAAGAGCUAGAAGCAUGAAGUUACGCGUGAGAUUGAACAAACAGACCAGCCGCUUGGCGCUGGAGGGAGAGGACCCAGCGCUCUCGGAGCUGUGCGUCCACAUCAGGGAGCACCUUUUGCCGUCCUGUGGCCUCAGCCCAGAAGCAGAGUUCACUCUCUCCCUCAAUGGAGCGGAGUCACUCACAGACACGGGGCAGACCCUCUCCUCCUGCGGCAUCGUUUCGGGGGAUUUGAUCUGCGUGAUUCUGCACCAGCCUGGUCCUGCGGCCUCGCCCGUGACCCCCGCCCCCGCCCCCGGCAUCAGCAGCCCCGUCCCAGCGAGGGAGCCUCACGAGGAGAUCAGGCGCCCGGAGUCGCCCAGCACCAGUGGGUGUCAGGUGGAAAUGAAGGAGGCGGAGCAUGAUCAGGAGGCGGCGCAGCACUACCAGGAGGCGGAGCUAGAGGAGGAACAGGGGGCGGAGACUGGCCCUUUCAACCCAGGGCCAAUGCUGUGCAGCGAAACGGAGAAUGGGGAGGUGCCCCACGCCCUGGAGGUUCUGUGCCACGGAGCCGAGUGCCAGGGCCCGUUUGAUUCGCUGGUGGUUGCCGUGCACCUGCUUAUGAUGGAGACGGGAUUUGUUCCCCAGGACGCAGAGGGGAGACCUGGUGUGAUGCGGGUGGAGCAGGGGGCUGUACAGAGCGUACACCCCUCUGUGAGCAAGCUGGCUGGCUGGUGGCCUAUUCACCGCACUCCCAACAUGCUGGUGUUUAACGCCUCUCUGAAGCUGAACGAGGCCGUGGACAACGCCAGGAAGCUGCUGCUGAAGCCGUCCUCCUACGUCACGGAGGAGUGGAGGGGGGAGAACGUUGCUGUUGUCUACAAAGACUUGAAGAAGCUUUCUCGCACUUUCAAAGACCAGCUGGCGUAUCCUCUGAUUGCGUCAGCAAGACAAGCCAUGAACUUGCCGGCGGUGUUCGGGCUGACGGUGCUGCCGCCGGAGCUGCUGCUGCGGGUGCUGCGGCUGCUGGACGCGGGGUCGGUGCUGUCCCUGUCCGGCACCUGCCGGGAGCUGUACGGCGCCGCCGCCGACCCCUCCCUGUGGAGACACCUGUACCACCGCGACUUCAGGGAUCAAAUUAACAGACCAAGAAACACAGACUGGAAAGAGCUCUACAGAAAGAAGUACAAGCAGAGGAGGGAGGCGAUGUCCUUCCGACGCACCAGGCUGUGCACUCCGGGCCCCCCGUGGCCCCUGAUCUACCAGCCCUUCCCCUUCAUCCCCCAGCCCCCCCUCUACCCCCCCGGCAUCAUCGGCGGAGAGUACGACCAGACGCCUGCCGUCCCCCACGGCAUCUUGCCCCGCCCGUACUUCGACCCCAUUGGCCCACACCACAGGCGUAACCCCGGCAACAGGGGUUCUUUUGGCUGGAGACCGCAAGGGCCCAUGGGAAACCGGUCUUCGGACAUCAGGCGAGGAUUCAUUUAAAACCGUCACCAAGGAGACGCUUUUCUUUUUAGUUUUUUGUGCCAGAAUUCAGUGCAGCAACAACCCGCUUCUGACUUGAUUCUUCAGAUUUUGUUGAAAUGCAGUGGGGCCAAAUGUUAUUUCAGUUAUAGCAGUGCACUGGCACGGUUCACCCUGUUGGGAUUGGAAGUCAGAGUCAGUCUAAUCCAUUGUGGAUCCUGAAAACAUCACAGCCCCUAUCAAUGUGCAUUGCUUCCUGUUCUUGGAAUUUGCACAGUUAACUCAAAUAUUAACCCUCUGCAGUGAUUACGUCUUUCACACUUUCUACCAGCAACAGCUAAAGUAGCUCCAGCUCACCCAGGAGAGGCUCAAGCUCCUCACGGGCCCCUGCAUAACUCAUCAGUAGAUACACGGUUGUGUAACCGCGUAAUCCACCAUGAAGGUCUGUGAAACAGGUAGCUGUGUGCCUGAGUUUGACUUUUCACUUUGCUUAUUUUCCAUAAGAAAACCUGAAAUAAAACAAAAAGUUUUCCAGUU